CACGUGACACUGCGGCCACGUGACCCGGGCCCCGCGGGAGCAGAGCGGCGCGUUCCAGCUCCGGGAGCCGGAGGGAGCUGGGCGCGCCCUACCCCCAGCCCACUGCGACCAUGCUGUCCCGCCUGCUGAAAGAACACCAGGCCAAGCAGAAUGAACGCAAGGAGCUGCAGGAGAAGAGGAGGCGAGAGGCUAUCACUGCAGCGACCUGCCUGACAGAAGCUUUGGUGGAUCACCUCAAUGUGGGCGUGGCCCAGGCCUACAUGAACCAGAGGAAGCUGGACCACGAGGUGAAGACCCUGCAGGUCCAGGCUGCCCAGUUUGCCAAGCAGACAGGCCAGUGGAUCGGGAUGGUGGAGAACUUCAACCAGGCACUCAAGGAAAUCGGGGAUGUGGAGAACUGGGCUCGGAGCAUCGAGCUGGACAUGCGCACCAUUGCCACCGCGCUGGAAUAUGUCUACAAAGGGCAGCUGCAGUCGGCCCCCUCCUAGCCACACUGCCCCCCCUGCCCCCAUCCCGCCUUCCCUCCCCCAGGAGGCCAGGCCACAAAUAAAACACAAGCCUCCA